ACCAGCAUCUGCCACUGCUUUAGACAUGUCUGAGAUGAAGUCAGGAGAGAUGGUGCAACCUGAAGACUUCCAGCUGAACAACAGAGACUCUGAGGCUAAAGUGAUGUGGAUUCAGAAAAAAUGUGAUGUUUGGUCUUUCUUCAAGAAAAAUGCUUUUGUGAUUCUCACAAUGGUUGCUGUUGCUGUAGGAAUUGGCCUGGGCUUUGCUCUGCGACAAGUUAAAAUGUCAGCUCGAGAAAUAAUGUGCAUAACUUUUCCUGGAGAGCUGAUGAUGAGAAUCCUACAGAUGAUGAUGCUUCCUCUCAUCGUUUCCAGUCUGAUUGCAGGCAUGUCAAGUGUUGAUAUAAAGGCUUAUGGGAGAAUUGGACUUCGGGCCCUCAGCUACUACAUGAUCACCACUGUUACUGCUGCCUUCACUGGUAUAGCUCUGGUUGUUUCCAUCAAGCCUGGGAAAUCAGGACAAGCCUCAGUUCCCUCUGGUGAAAAAACAGAGGGUGUGCACAGUGUAGACGCUUUCCUCGACCUCAUCAGAAACAUGUUCCCAUCAAAUCUAGUGGAAGCUUGUUUCAGAAAAGUAAGAUCAUUUGAUCUCUGGUCAGAACCCGUGGCAGGAACCUCCGAUGGCAUCAACAUUUUGGGUCUGCUGGUCUUCUCCAUUGCAUUUGGCCUCAUCCUGAGCAGUAUGGGGCCAAAAGGAAAACCUGUCAGGGAUUUCUUUACCUGUCUGAAUGAAGCCAUUAUGCUUCUGGUUAAUAUAGUCAUCUGGUAUUCUCCAGUUGGAUUCCUCUUCCUGCUGACGGGACAGAUUCUGAAGAUGACGGACACAUCAAAUGUAGCUCAUGAAGUUACCAUGUAUMCUGUGACUGUGAUCACCGGCCUGACCAUCCACAGCUUCAUCUCGCUGCCGCUCAUCUACUUUGUAGUGACACGAAAGAAUCCUCUGAGGUUUUUUGCAGGGAUCCUUCAGGCUCUCACCACAGCGUUUGGCACCUCAUCCAGUUCUGCAACCUUGCCCGUCACUCUUCACUGCAUGGAGCAGAACCACAACAUGGACAAACACGUGACUCGCUUCAUGCUCCCGAUGGGCGCCACCGUGAACAUGGACGGUUCUGCUCUGUAUGAAGCAGUUGCUGCUUUAUUCAUAGCCCAGAUUCAUGACCUGGACUUUGACUUUGGACAAAUCAUUAUCCUCAGUUUGGUUGUUACAGCAGCCAGCACUGGUUCAGCAGGCAUCCCACAGGCUGGCUUGGUUACCAUGAUGAUUGUGUUGACGUCAACCGGACUGCCCACUGAAGACAUAUCUCUGCUCCUGAUUGUUGAUUGGAUUCUGGAUCGUCUGAGGACCGUCACCAACGUGCUGGGUGACUGCAUCGGUGUUGGUGUGGUUCAACAUCUGUCCAAACAUGAGCUGCAGGUGGUAGAAGAAGAACACUUCUGAGAGUCAUGAAGCAUGUUAAAACUAAAUGUAUCCCUUGUUAGAA